CAACGAUUUGCUCGUUAUCACCGACAAAUAGAAAAAAGCCGAGCCCACCCCUCACUUGACAACGCGACAUCAACCAGGCAGAAAGGCUUAUUUCUCAUCUUUCCACCCUCCAUCCACCCUAACCUGCUGUGUUGGGGAAACCCCUGAUGAGUGGGACCUGUAUCCAUGAGCCCCGUGCCCCUUCCCCCUCCCUGUCAGGCUUCAGCACCCCCAUCUCAGAACCCCCCUAUCGAAGACUCGAUGGAGACACCCCUGCCUGCACCCCCGAGACGGACCUGACCCCCACACAGUGUGUCCUCCGUAACGUGCUGUCCAUUGACACGGGUGGACAAGUGGUGCCGGGCGGCAGCAGCCCAACUCCCAGUGAUGGACCCUCCGCCCACUUUGACAACAGCGUGCUAAAACUACAUGAACAUGAGGCCUGCCAGUGUGGCGGCGGGGCCGAGGCCGGGCACAGUCCAGAGGCUGGCGCUGUUAGGAGCCAGUCCGAGAACAUUCGGCUACAAUCAGGAAGUGGAGGUUUUUUGGAGGGACUGUUUGGCUGCCUAAAACCAGUCUGGACCAUGAUUGGAAAGGCCUACUCCACUGAACACAAACACAGCCACGAAGGUCUGCAUAUAGAGUCCUGGGAGGUUCCCUUUGAGGAAAUCUCUGACCUGCAGUGGGUGGGCAGUGGCGCACAGGGGGCCGUCUUCCUCGGCAAGUUCCACGGAGAAGACGUGGCUGUAAAGAAAGUGCGGGACAUCAAAGAGACAGAGAUCAAACACCUCCGCAAACUCAAGCACCCCAACAUCAUCACUUUCAAGGGCGUGUGCACACAGGCUCCUUGUUAUUGCAUCUUAAUGGAAUACUGCGCUCAAGGCCAACUGUACGAGGUGCUGAGGGCGGGCCGUAAAAUCACCCCCUCCCUCCUGGUUGACUGGUCCAUGGGCAUUGCAGGUGGCAUGAACUACCUCCACCUCCACAAAAUUAUCCAUCGAGACCUGAAAUCCCCCAACAUGCUGAUUACACACGAUGACCUGGUAAAGAUCUCUGACUUCGGGACCUCAAAGGAGCUCAGUGACAAGAGCACCAAGAUGUCGUUUGCCGGCACUGUAGCUUGGAUGGCUCCUGAAGUAAUUCGUAAUGAGCCUGUGUCCGAAAAAGUGGACAUCUGGUCCUUUGGAGUGGUGCUGUGGGAGAUGUUAACUGGAGAGAUUCCUUAUAAAGAUGUGGACUCAUCUGCCAUCAUCUGGGGUGUGGGAAACAACAGCCUUCAGCUGCCCGUACCUGAGAGCUGCCCAGACGGCUUCAAAAUCCUCCUCAGACAGUGCUGGAACUGUAAGCCCAGGAAUAGGCCCUCUUUCCGUCAGAUCCUACUUCAUCUGGACAUAGCGUCAGCUGAUGUGCUGUCCACUCCACAAGAGACGUACUUCAAGUCUCAGGCUGAAUGGCGAGAAGAGGUGAAACAGCACUUUGAGAAGAUUAAAUCUGAGGGUACUUGUCUCCACCGACUCGAUGAGGAACUGAUCAACCGGCGUAGAGAGGAGCUCAGGCAUGCUUUGGACAUUCGCGAGCACUAUGAGAGGAAACUGGAGAGGGCUAACAACCUUUACAUGGAGCUCAGCGCUGUCAUGCUGCAGCUGGAGCUCAAAGAGAAAGAGUUGCAGAGGAGAGAGCAGUCUCUGGAUAAGAAGUAUCCAGGUUUGUUUAAGCACCACAGCUCCAGACAGAGCAGCUCCUCAAACUCCAUGGACAAACUCAUCAAGAAGAGAAAUGUCCCACAGAAACUGCCCUCAGGAAAGAGGCCAGACAUCCUCAAGUCUGAGGUAAUCAUUCCCAAAAUGGAUUCCUCUGUGAUGCAGGUCACUAUACCAGCCUGCCCGAGCAGGAGUUCCACUUCCCCCAGCCGUUCUCGAAGGGUAAAGACCCGCCAUCGCAAGCCUGGUAAGGGCAGUAGUGGGGACCUGGCUGGACUUAAGGCGAAUCAGUCCUCCCCUAAUAGGGACACAACUGCCCAGGCUAACAGUUUAACCACUAACACCUCCAAGCAGCUCCUGGAGCCCUCUGCAGCCCUGCGGGGCCUCAGCCAUGAGCAGCAGCAGAGGCAACUAUCCUCCUCCAGCCCUGACCUCAUCUGCACCACGCUAGAGGCAGAAGGCCAGGGAAAAGGGGAGCCCUCUGUAGGCGGGCUAGAGCGAGGGGGAAGCCUCAGUGCCUCUGCAGGUUUAGGGGGAUCGGAGGCGGGGGCAGCUGGUCUGGAUGAUCUCACAGAAACUCCUCCACGCAGUGACACGCCGAGCGAAGAUGCUGCAUCAUUUCCGUUCUCCAGCAGCCCAGACUCGCCAUGUGGUAGGGGGGCGGCAGCGGGACGAGGAUCUCUGGGAUCUCCACGUCUGCCUCACGAUGGAGAGGAUAAAGAUGAGGGGGCUGGUGCUGUGAGGUUGCCCCGGGGGGCAUCAGGGGGAAUUGGGAGUCAGCACCUCACUCCUUCAGCCAUUCUGUACAGGGCAGCUAUCACACGCAAACAGAGGCGUGGAGUGUCAUCAGAAGAGGAGGAGGGUGAAGUUGACAGCGAGGUUGAGUUACCACGGAGACGACGUCCGACCAGCAUCACCAAGUGCCAGUCGGUGUCUACCUUCAGCUCAGAAAACCUGUCGGUGUCGGAUGGCGAGGAGGGCCACACCACUGACCACUCUCACAGCGGUACCCCCGACGUGGUUAGCACUAACACGGACGACAGGUUGGACGAUCGGAGUGAUGACCUCCUCUCUCAGGGGUCGGAGAUCCCAGCGGACAACACUGACCCUGCACAGGCUUCUGACGGCCUGUCGGAGAGAGACGGAGCCCUGGGCCAGGGCAAAGCUCAGCUGGACGCUGGGCAGAAUCCUAAUGAGAGUCGGGCCCUGUGCGAUGACUCUGACUGCGACAGCGCCGAGCUGGAUCAGUCAGGUAGUGGAGAACCAAGCCGUCCUCCGAGUGCUGGAGCGUGGGCGUCGCCGUCUCAACCCUAUCAGGGGUCUCCACAGGGACCCCACACAGGACCUCCAUAGAUCACUUGGACACUAACAAAGACCUCCAGCUACCCUACAGUGAACAACCAUCACAGGCGUACACCAAUCUGUCAGUGCAGUACAUUACUGUUGUCAUGAGGGAUCUCACCUACUACACCACUCAGACUAUGACAAGUUGACUUAUGGUGUCUCAUAAGUUUGUUGGCUAGCAAAACUACAUCAGAUGACAUAGGACAUUUGUCAUAACCUGACAUCAGAUAUUUUGGCAGCUUGUGACAUCAAAUAAGUGUCAUUUAAGUUCAAGUAGGGUUUUUUUUUUAGGCAAAAUAGUUACCAAGGUAACCAGUAGCCAUUGCUCCAGUUCAGCAAAAACCCUUCCACAGACGCGCACGCACAAGAUACCGCACUCGUUGUCCUUUAAACACUCUAAUCCUCACUCUGGGAGCAUCCUCCAUGAUACUCCACACACUAAUGCAUUAAAUACUAAUGAAUAAUAAUGUAAAUAUCCAUUACAUACCACAUGAGAAAUAUCUAACUUUAUUUUAUUUGUAAGAUAAAAAUGUAAGACUAAAACGGUAUGCAGCCCUGUGAACAAAUGCAUGACUACAUGUUUAUAAUUUAUGGUUCGAAUGUGUCGGUUUUAUAUUUUGUGAAAGUUUACACUUUUUUAAAUCCUGAAAAGUAUUACUUAAGUUUUUUUGUUUUUUGUUAAUAAAUGUCAGCACUUAAGACAAAAAAAAGUCUAAAUGGAAUGAAAAUCUCACAGAGACAUCGACCAUGAUGCAUAAUUAGGAUUCUCAGUAUGUGAUAUAUUAUUUUUUUUAACCGUACGACUACUGAGUUUCAAAUACACGUAAGACACGCUUGAGGUUUUUUUAUUAAGCUUAUCAAAUGUGUGACAAGGUGGGAGACCUUUGCACUUCUGCCUUUGUAUACUGCUGUACCAGUUAAUGAUAUUGUUGCCUUUUUAAAUGUAGACUGUGCAUUUGAAAGGUAACGCGUGUGCUCAUGAAAAAAAUGAACUCUCACAUGCAUUACCAUUGCCAAGUAUGAUAAUAUCUCAGCAACAAAGACUGGUGCAGGUCCUUCAGUAGAAGAUUUAGCAUUAGCUAUCACUAUGGGCAUUUUUAUUUUUAAAUCGAUGCAGCAGAAUCAGAGAUGUUGCCUUCCUUAUCCGCACUUCCUUGUCAAAACCUGCUGCCUACAUUGGCCACAAUGCAACUAAAGUGACAAGAGUUGUGUCAGCGGCCAAUGUAGUCUCAAGCCGCUAGCCACGAAGAGAGGCGAGGAACAGCUACAGCAGCUACUUCUUUCUAACUCCACAUGCCAAGAUACUUUUUAAAAAAAUCUUCAAACUUGUAGUUCUUUGCUGACUCAAAUGACAUCACUUGAGGCAAAAAUGAUUAUGAAAACAUGAUCAUGAUUAUGAUCAUGAUUAAUGAUUAUGAAAACAUAAUUGUUUCCUCCCGAGGGUAAAUGUGUAAAAUCAUUGGAGGUCCCUUUAAAGUAACAAACCAAACAGACUCCUGUGGUUCACAAUGUUUUGAUAGGCUUCAUAAAAACCUCAACUGUUCCUUUUACCCUUUAAGAUAACUGCAGAAGUAGCCAGAUAAGGAAUAGAGCACUUCUCUGUGGUGGUUACUAGUAGACCAGUAAGUAUCCUUUGGGUUUGAAUAGAAAUGUUUUGUUUUUAUACAGCAUUGCACAUUGUACCUGUAACAUAGGAAUUAUAUCGAAAAGCAAAAUAUUAUGAGCAACAAUAAAUAAU